CGGAGAUGGAGGCGUCUGAGUGAAGUCAGGUCCGCGUGCUUCAAACCGACUACAGCAGGUCCGUGACACUUCCGGGCCUCAUUGCAAAGCCUUUCCUGUGGUCUUGGUCGCGGAGUCCCUGCUGUAGUCGUUUCUCCAAGUCAUCCUCGUCUUUCCCGCCCGUUCGCCAUGAGUUACGGGCGACCGCCGCCGGACGUGGAGGGUAUGACCUCGCUGAAGGUGGACAACCUGACAUACCGCACUUCUCCGGACACGCUCCGGCGCGUCUUCGAGAAGUACGGCCGUGUGGGGGAUGUGUACAUUCCCCGAGAUCGCUACACCAAGGAGAGUCGCGGGUUCGCCUUCGUGCGUUUUCACGACAAACGCGACGCGGAGGACGCUAUGGAUGCCAUGGACGGAGCCGUGCUCGACGGGCGGGAAUUGCGUGUCCAGAUGGCACGUUAUGGCCGACCCCCAGAUUCCCAUCACAGCCGACGGGGACCCCCUCCGCGCCGGUACGGUAGUGGUGGCUACGGACGUCGCAGUAGGAGCCCAAGAAGACGGCGCCGCAGCCGAUCCCGAAGCAGGAGCCGAUCCAGAUCCCGAAGCAGAUCGCGUUACAGUCGCUCCAAAUCGAGAUCUCGCACACGAUCCAGGUCUCGUUCAACUUCCAAGUCCAGAUCGGCCAGGAGAUCGAAGUCCAAGUCCUCAUCUGUUUCCAGGUCUCGUUCGCGUUCGAGAUCCCGGUCCAGGUCAAGAAGUCCUCCACCUGUUUCCAAGAGAGAAUCGAAGUCAAGAUCCCGUUCGAAGAGCCCCCCUAAGUCUCCCGAAGAGGAAGGAGCUGUGUCAUCCUAAGAAAAUGGUAACGUGUCUGGCAUUCUGUUGUGUUUGCAUGCUUUACUGUAGCGAUUCAGCAGGUAUUGGUCCUUCAUGUAGCAUUCUAGAGCAAGUAAUUCCUAAUGGGGCAUGUUCCUUUCUGAGGAGGGCAUUUUAGUUUAUGGCUAAUCAAGGGUAUCUUUGUGUUUUGUUGCAAUUAAUAGCUUGCUUUUUAAUAUCUAUUGUUUGAGACGCAACCUAUUUCUGAAAAUGACUAUUUUCUUACUGUUCUUAUCCAACAUCUGCAUUUUCCCCUUUAAAGCUGCGGUCUCCUGUUUGCUUAAAGAAUAUUGGCCAGUAUUGCAGAUUUUAACUGAUUUGGCUGAUCCUCCAGGGACCAGUUUCUGUGGGCGUGUAUUGGAGCAGGUUUGUCUUUAAAUGUUAAAGAUACACUAUCCUGUUAAUGAAGAAUCAGCGGUUACAGAGUUCAUCAGCAAAUACUCUUAGAAGUGGAAAUUGAAAUGCAGGAGUUGAUGGAAACCAGUUUCUUCUCCAGUGCAAUUGUGGGCUUGUAAGGAGAUGCUGGGUGGGGAAAAUGGAUAGUGUGUCUUUAACCUCCCUCAAAUUGUUUGGUCCUUUUUUUUCAAAGGAAGGGGGCCUAGAACUGUUAAGGUUUCACAACUAUUUAACGGCUCCUCAAGGUUUUGAAUAAGAACUAACAAGUAAUUUCUGUGAAUCGGGCUGGAUUCAGAUUUAAGGGUGGUUUGAUCUUAGCCCGACAGCAUGUAAUGUGAUUAGUGGAGGUUCAACAGUAAUUCCAAAAAUUUCAUGUUUGCAUUAGUAUUUGUGAUGGUGGGAGGGUGGGUAAUGCACAUUUUCUAAAAUAUGGUGAGCCAAGGCCAGUAUUAUUAGAAAUCUAAUAACAUCCCUAAAAUAUAGAAAAUAUACAGUGGGUACCCUUGCUGAACUAUAGCUUUUUCACACCUAGAUACAUCAAAUAGAUGAGAAACCUACAUAAAGGAUGCCUUUGGAGGAGAAAUGAUCAUAUGAAUCACCAGUCCAUUGGAGAGACCCCAGCACAAGCAACCAGCUGUUGAAAAGGUUAUUUUGUAACACUUUGUCUAACUUUUUACUUUACUUUUGAGCCUCAAAUAGCAGACUUUUACUUUUAUGUGCCAUUUUGUUGCUAUUAUUCAAAUUUCUUGUAAUUUAGUGGAGUGAACGACUACAGAUUUCAUUAUUGGCUUGGAUAUUUGAGGUAAAACUUCAUUUUUGUUCAUUUAGUGCUGACUUGUUUGCAAAUAAAAUUGGUAACUAACUUGCUGCCUCAGAGUUCUCAGAGAAAUAUGCAGCUUUAAUUAGCUUAAUGCUGUCCAAAUGUUCAGUUUUUGCCUUUAUUCUCCAGUUCCAAAAUUUUAAAUUCAAAUGCAUUAGGUUGAAAUAGUAUCUUCAAGUCAAACAUUAAACUUUACAGCUGACAAUUAUUUUGAAAGAAUUGUUUUUAUCAGACAAAAUUCUAAUCUCUUCUCUUAUGUAUUUUUGUGCACUAGGCGCAGUUGUGUAGCAGUUGAGUAAUGCUGGUUAGCUGUUAAGGUGGCGUGUUGCAGUGCAGAGUGCUUGGCUGUUUCCUGUUUUCUCCUGAUUGCUCCUGUAACGAUGCCUUGUCGUGCAGAAACAAAUGGCUGUCCUGUUAGUUAAAAUUGCCUGACAACUGCACUUCCAGUCACCCGGGCCUUGCAUAAAAAUAACGGAGCAUACAGUGAGCACAUCUAGCUGGUGAUAAACACACCUUAUUUUUCCAGAAUGGUAAAUUAGACCAUCUACAUAUGUGAACUUGCAUAUAAAAACGUAAUGUUAAAGCAUUUUAUCCAUUCCUCUAAGUAUCAAUUUGGAGUAUCUCUUAUAACAUUCUGUACUAUAACCACUGUGUCUGUAGUUUAAUAAACACUUUCUUGGUGUUCAUUUUUUGAA